UUGAAAAUACGAUUUGUAUGGUUGUGCGCUUGUGAACAACAUUGGAAUUUUUGAAAGUUUUUCUUAAGAUAUUUGACCGCAUCUGAGUGUUUUAUAUAAAGAACUACUAUAUGAUAUUUGCUAAUGUUUUAAAUAAUAAGAUGAAGAAAAUUAAUAGCAAAACCCAAGUUUUAGGAGUUGUGUAUCGUAACGAAAAGUUGUAUGGAAUCACAACAGCAUAAUGGAUGAGCGUCAACAACCGGUUCGAAACAAUCCGAAGGGGGAUGUUAAUAACUCGAACAUCUCAGCCAACGAGAUUCAUCGUAUAGCAGCAAAACCUCAUCAAGUAAUAACUAAAAUUGCCAAAAUAUCUUACACAAGCACUGUAAAAGCAGCGAAAAAAGAUCACGCAUCAAAACAAUCAACACAAUUUCAGCAAUUGGAAGACAAUUCAACAACAAUUGAGUUAAGAAAAACAAACACCAUUCAACAUUCUCAAAAUGAGUUUGCGGAGAAGAAGGAAGAGCGUGAGAAAGAAUUCACCGACCUUAAAUUAUAUAUAAAUGAAAUAGCAAAAAACAAAACAACUUUUGAUGAUAAAGAGAAAGGUUCACACAAAGACAACACAACACUGGUUGACAAUGAGGAUAAUAGUAAAAAAACUGCGCUCACAUUUCGUAGGUGUAAAACUGAAAUACUUGGAAGCAAACUUAGGUCACAUUCAGAAGGCCGUGUAAAAACAAGUGUAGGUGCUAAAGCAAGAUCAAAGUCAAGUCAGCCACCAGAAGCGAAAUCGUCUGAAUCUCUGCAUACUACUCCCAGAAAUACUAAGCGUAAGUCUUACAACGUUGAAGAAGCCCGAAAAUUUUUAGAAAAACAAAAGUAUCAAAGACGGUUUCAGUCCGCAGCUUCUACAUUGAAACUCAGCAAUGAAAAAACUGCUUUAGAAAAAGAGCAAAUCAGAAAGAGACUUGAAGACCUUCGUAAGAAUUCUAGAGCAAUCAUUACUAAAAAUGUUAAUAAAAAGAAAUUUUCCUCUGCAAAAAAUAUUGAAACAAUUAGUAAACCUAAAAUCUGUACAGAAACAGCAAACAAAGAAAAGACUGAUUGUAUCUUAAACAAACCCAUUGGAAAUAUAGCGAGCGGUGGCAGAAAAACUUUAAAAGGUUUUGCUGAUGUUUAUGACAAUAAUAAAACCACACAAGUUGUAAUCGAUGAUCCGACGUCAACAUUUACAGAUUAUAAAAUAAAAAAUGCGUCUCAAAAAGAUGAAACUAAAGUUGAAAGCACUGACCCAACAAAAGAUCCGAAAGCAAAUGAGCAAAUAAAAGGAGAAACGCCAAAUUCUCUGUAUCCGAGCAAAAAACGAAUUGGGCUAUUACGAAAAAAGAAAACUAAAGACCACUCGUUCAGCGCCAUUAAAGAAUUUAGCUACGAUAAGGAAAAUAUUGCACUGGAGAUGAUGACGCCGAAAUUUCAGUCGGACGCUGGUCGGUUCUACGAUACCGCGCUGAACCGGUGUGAUGCCUCGGGCCAAGGACCAUCUCCUCAGCAAGCUGAUUCAACGCCGAAAUUUCCUCAAUCUGUUUCUGAUGAUAAGCACACUGCGACAGGGCUGAUAAAUUCACAAGAAAACCUAGUAGAAACCACAUAUCGCAACCCCAUAUCUGCUAGAAAUACCUUAGAAUGCGGGCAUUCAGAUGAGCUGAAAAAUAUUGAGAUAUCAAAAGGCAAUGCUUCUGAACCUAUCAAUAUAAGUUGUAAUGAAUCACAAUCUAAACUAGAGAACAUACCACAGAGUGAUCUUCCAUGUUGGCUGAAACAAAGUGCAGUGCAAAUUUAUCCAUACAAUUUCAUAAUGGCUGUCAGACGCAAACUCGAAGCACUGGCUGAUGUAAAACAGUCUACGCAUAAAACUACAUCUACUAAAGAUUUGCCCUUAUCCAAAUCGGAAAGUGGGGCAACGUUUGUUAACAGUGAACCAAUUGAAGAAUCUUUAAAAAAAACAUGUGAUUCAGAAAGUAAAAAAUCAGUGCUUGAGAAAUCAUUCGUAACCCAUACAAUAGAAACAGAAAAAGGAGUUGGUCAAAAAUUAAUAAAGCCUAGAAGUUACACCACUCAAUCUCAAUCUGAAUUAAACUCUAAUCUUAGUUCAAUAUCAAUACAGCUAAAGCCAUCUUCAAAUACUGUUUCGGAAACUACAUCCAAAAAAUCAGAAAGUAUCCCGUUAACAAAUCAGAAAUCAAAAGCUAACUCACUAGCAUCAGAAGAUGACACUACGAUUUCCAGUUCAAUAUUUAAUAGCCCACAAAGAAAUGUUCGCCACAUAAAUGCAAAUAUUGAUGGAAACAAACAGGACGAAACUAUGGGGGCAAUCAGUCCGCUGUCUCUAGAACGCGUAGAAAAUCUAAUAAUUACCUCAAACAAGAAACUUAAAAAGGCAAUUGCAGCGAGACAUGUGAAUACGCAUCGAGGCGGUAUACUAGAAAAUCUGGUACAUAAAAACAACCUAACGCACGAAAUCGAUUUUAAUAAACUUCUAGAUGACUUCAAUCGUAGUUUAUCACAAGUAAUUGAAGUAAAUGAUCGGCUAAAAACGACUAUUGAUAAAUCGCAAGACAUUUGUGCUAGAGAACAUAAUUUAAAACGUCCCGAACGCAGUGUUCCAAAAGAAUCUGAUGAAUAUACAGAAGACUUUGAAAAAAAUUCUAGUCAAAGAUCUCAGAACGCCAACUCAGAUUUGUACAAUGAAAAAGACGGAAAUAACGCAUAUUUUAAGAAACGAAAUAAAAUUCAUAAAAAUGAAACCGUUGAAUCACAACAAUCUCAUUCUGGCACCGAUGGAUUAAAAGAAGGAAGUUCCUCUAAACAUUUGAACCAAAUUAGUCGAUCUUGUACCAAUUCUAGUUUAAGAUCUUUUAAUUCGAAUAAAUCGAGUGAAUUUUCACAAAAAAACCGAUGCCCCAUGACCGAGGUAGUUUCGCAACAAGACUUAAGUAAACCUUUUCACAAAAUCGAAGAAGUAAAGGCAGAUUUUAAGCAAGCCAUUUUAAGUUCACAACAAAUUAGACGUCGCGAAGACUACCAGUGGGAAUCUAAAAUAUUUUCUUCUAAAAUGGGCAGUAAAACCUUAACAAUGGAAGAGCAAGAAAAGUCUGAACAAUCAGAAUUACGAUUGUCGUUAGAUAAGUCACCAGAUCCCGCAAACGUCGUUUGGCAAAAUGAAAAUGAGAAUUCUGAUAGUGUAACGGAAGACAUUCAAAGCGAAUGUAAAAGCGGAAUUGAACAAGAAGUUGAAAGUUCCAAAUUACAAAGGAAAAUAUCUACCACAGCAUUGCGAGAUCGCAUCAAUGCCUACAAUCAACACAUGACAUCCAAAUACGCAACUGCAAGCCAGAAAAUUCUGGAAAUGUUUGACCAUUCCAGUUUGGGAAUUUCCUUGGGUUCCACAAACAACGACAGUUUAUCUGAUUCAACGUGUAGCUACUCGAAUGUCGGUCUGUAUGAAAAAUUAAUACGAAACGAAACAACAAAAUCAGAACAUUUGACGGCCUUAUUAAAAAUGCGACAAAAGGCUUUGUUUGAUCGUACUAAAGGACAAAUUGCAUGGUUGGAAGUGCAGAAAGAGCGUUGCAAAGCUAAAGGAUUACUUUUACAAAUUUCCGUAAUUAAAAAAAAACAACGUGGAAUUUUAAUGAAAAUGGAAAAAAAGCGUGAGGAAAUUAAAAGGCUACUACAAUCAACUACCACAACAACCUCAACAGAGUCGUCGUCGGCUAAUCGUGCAGCGAAAGAAUGCGUGUCUUCACCAAAAGAGUCAGAUAAGAGUGUAGUUUCUCAGAAAUCUAUUUCGAAAAUUAGUCACAAAAUUACGCAAUUGUGUCGUAAUGAGAACCUGCCUUCUUCAUUAGUUUCACUCCCACAAGUUGCAUUAGUGAGCUCUAUUUCCAAAUAUGCUCGUGGCAGUUCACAAUCAAAAAUUGACUUCGAAACGACUCGCUCAGUACCCGUGGUGCGUGCAAAUUACGGCCUUGAAUCAUCCCGUUCCCUUGAAGAGCUUUUACAGAAACGUGAAUUAGAUUUACGACGGCGUCGCGAACAUGUGGAGCGACUGAUGCAGUGGCACCGCCGACUGGACCAGGAAGAAGCUGAUGUUCUACAAAUGGAGAAUGCACUACUUACUUACAGCACACACAAAAGCCAAUAUAAACCUGUUAACCCUGGCGAGGGAGAGAAAGAGCGCCUAAACCACGCAGGCGUGGUUCCCUUAAAAAAUAUUAGUACUCAUAAAAAAUCUCAACGUCGUUUAAAGGAAAUAGAAGAUAGUUUAAGAGAACUAAAUAGCAUUUCCAGUGCGCAUACGACAGCGGGAAGUAACGAGGAGAGUAGAGAAGAUAGUAAAUCUAGCGCUGUUGAUUGCGUCCGAACUACUGGCAUUAAGUUAAAUAAACUGUGGCGUCGUCUGACCUCUCAGCAGAUCGAAAAAUAUGAACCUAACAAACAUUAUCAGCUUUCGAAGCCUGAUUUGGAACGUCUUUAUGAAGCAGCAAAACUAGCAGUGCUUGAAGAUUUUGCGCGGAAUGAAGGUCGUUUGGCAGCUGAACUUUUAGAGAAAAGUAUAUCGACUUUGAGUAACAACAUAUCACAGACAUCUUUACAAAAACAGCCUGAGCCCAUUUCAGUUCCACCAUUAAAUUUAUGUACCAGUUCGGAACCGUCUGAUAAAGAAAAGGAUUCUUGGGAAGAGACAUCUACCCACUCAUUACUUGAAAACUACAGUCCCUGCACUGCAGCAAAAAACUUCCAAUUUUUCGCAACUGGUUCGAGUGCAGCCAUUUUGUGCUCUACCUUUAUACCAUCUUCGUUUGAAGCCAAUAUAUUGUUAACAAAAACCAAAUCGGAAUUGAAUUUACAUCCAAGUAUGAGAAAUUCUUCGCCGCGUAUAGCCAACGAUGUUGGCUUAAUGCGCAGUCUUUCUGACACUGUAUUAUAUGAUAAAUAUCGUUCGCCAAAGGGCAGAAAAAUAGAAAUAUUGAAUACAUAUAAAAAUAACCCUGCAGUAAAUGUCAAGCGUUCUAUGUUGAAUACUGAAACUAAUCUAAAAUUACCACAUCCAUCUAGUACAUCACAACAAAUAUCGUUUGAGCAAGCAAAUGACAGCUCAAGUACUGGCACAGAGCACAUUACUGUAGCAUCUAGCCUGCAGACGGAAAGGCUACCAGAUAAAACCACCCCAGUUAAAGAAACCGCGGAGAUUGAAAACUGUUCAGUUUCCACUGAAACAUUAUUUCAUACAGCAAAUGAGGAGCUAAAAACUACUGCUGAUAAACAGGAAAUUCAGAGUUGUUCGGAGCAUAUUUCGUCAUGUAUUCAGUCUUCCUGUAGCUCUGAAAUUAGUAAUACCGACAUUCCCCAGGAAAGUUCGAACUGCAUAAUUUCAACAGUUUCGUGGCCAGAGCAAAUUCAAAAUGUUAGCAAUAACUCAGUGAAUGAUACGAAUGAAUCGUUUAACUCAAAAACAUUUGUAAGUCAACCUAAGUUAAUUCAAUCUGAAGAGACUGCUACUGAAAAUCAGGUUUUAAAUACAUACGAAGAGGAUUUUGAAAGCACCAGCGAGUUAACGCAAUUAGAUGAUUUAUCAUUACCGCAUUUUGAAAGCAUUGUAGAAAUAUCUCUUGCCGAUAAUAAUGGCAAUGAAGAAGUGGGUGAAAAUGAAAUUCACAUCGAUAUCGAAAAUAAAGACCCAGACAUAGAUAAGCCAAUUUGUUCUGGAGCUUCAGAAAAAGUGGGAAAAACGCAACCAAUAUCAACCAAUCCUGAAGCUACACCAGUCCCGCCACCACCGCCGUCACCGUGCUCAACAGAUAACGCACGUUUACAAUCAGCAGUACAAAGUAUAAGCAAUCUGAACGUUUCCAUGUCUGUCAACACUGUACAACUUAUGCCCGACAUAAUAAAUGAACUGGAAAUCCGUCGUUGCCAACAAAUUAUAAUCGAGAACGAGCAAUUGAAGCAAUUCGAUAAUCCUUCAGCUGCUGGGCCGUACAUGUACGUCCGUGAAAUACCAAAUAAGCCUCCUCCGCCGUACGUACCUCCUGCUCACGGGAGUCCUAUGACAACUAUAUUUCCAUCAGAAGAACGAAUUAGAGAAAUUUGCUAUCGACGCACACACGAAUUAUACUGCGAACUCUUAAAGACUGACUAUAUUAGCGAAACUGGAGAUAAAAUACCUUUAGUAAUGGACGAAAAAAUAACAAAUAUCUACGAGCGUAUAAUACUCGAUAUCUGUCGUGAAUAUCUAGAUGAGCACAGGGAGGUCCUAAUGCAAGGGGACCCAAUAAAUUUCCACACUCAGCUAGCAUUCUUUAAUCCACCCAAUCGGUUACGUUGCAUCCAAGAAUCGGUAUACAAAGAAGUGCGACGAUGUCUGGCUAUGGAUAAAACUUCGAAACGACGUACUCCAAUAUAUUCAGUAUAUGGUCAAAGGGCCAAGCGCGAUCAUAUCGGAAAAAUUAUAAUACAGGAAAUGUAUGACGAAGACGAUAAAUGGUGUAACUUCCAUCGCGAAGAAAAUGAAGUAGUGGAACUAAUUAUUUACGAAAUGUUAACGAAAUUCUUAUAUGAUCUAGCUGAGGAGGUUCUUCUUGAGGAAGGAGGCUCUGUUGAAAUCCCAAACCGAGAUAAUAAAGAUGAAAGUGAUGAAAAUAUAAAUUUAAGUUCCUGUGAAGCAGAAUCAAAACUACCGAUUGGCGAUGUAUAAUCAGUAUCCAAAGCAGACAUAUCAGCUGGUGAAAAACCUUAACUAAUAAUUCCACUUCUGAAAUGGUAUCUGAUAUUAUAAUAAAUUUUCUACGGUUAACUAGAAUUAUGUACUUAUUUAAAGAAGUACUUCAUUUUAUAUCGGAACCUAUGAUUUAAUUGCAUCAUAUAUGUAUACGGACGCAGCACAGUAAUCCGUUUUGUACAAAUUUUUAUCAUAAUAAAUAAUUACAAAGAAUUUAUUAAGACAGUG